AUGUGGGAGUUUUUCAACAUCUCAUCAAAGAUGAAAGCCAGACACAAAUUUCCACAGCGAGGAGGUCUGCUUGAAAGCAGAGGCCGAAAUGGAAGCUCUGAAAGCGAUCAGAGCUGGAGCUUUGUGAUGUUGUUUGGUGAUGGUUGA